AUGAUGGAUCUUGACAAGAAACCAAGUCAUGAUGAUGAUCCAAUCAAGCAUGGCCUUGAAGAGAUCGAGAACAUCAAGUCCCUUGACCAGGGGAAUAUACAGACAGAACUGAGUGGCAUCGAGUCAACUGCUGCUUCGAAGGCAGCAUGGCUUAUAUCCAUAGUUGUCUCCAUUGGUGGAUUUCUCUUUGGAUAUGAUACUGGUUACAUUUCCUCUGUCUUGGUUACGAUCGACAAAUCUCUCGGUCAUAUCCUGAGCUCGAACGAACAAGAAAUGGUGACAUCGUUGACCAGCGGAGGUGCACUAGUUGGAGCUAUCGGAGCUGGGCUCACCGCUGAUCGCUUUGGUCGUCGCUGGCCUAUAUGGGGCGCAUGUCUAUUAUUCGUGAUUGGAUCGGUGAUUCAAACAUGUGCAUAUUCUGUCGCUCAGUUCGCUGCUGGGAGAUUUGUUGUGGGUCUAGGAGUAGGAGGUGCAGCGAUGAUCGUUCCUCUCUACAUCGGUGAGUUGGCUCCUGCAAAAUACCGUGGUCGCAUGGUUGCCUUUAACAAUAUGAGCGUCACCUUUGGCCAGUUAGUUGCUAGUUCUAUUGGUGCCGGAUUCGCUCAAGUUAAAGGUGAAGGAUGGCGUGCCACGGUGGGCAUUGGAACUGCCCCAGCUAUGCUACUGGCGGGUCUCCUAUUUUUAUGUCCAGAGUCUCCUCGGCAGCUAGUCUCGCAUGGGAAGGUUGAAGCUGCCGAUGCAGUUCUCUUGCGCAUUUACCCGACUUCCACCGACGAGCAACGGCAAGCUAAGAUCACAUCUAUUGAACUCUCUUUACAAGAUAGUGCAACGAUGGCAGAGGAGUCUAUCUGGUCAACUCUCAAGAAAGUCUUUACUACACCCUCGACUGGUCGCGCGGUGCUUACUGCAUGCGUGGUCAUGGCGAUCAGCCAACUUAGUGGAUUCAAUACUCUGAUGUACUACGCUUCAACGUUGUUUUCUAUCGUUGGAUUUGCAAACUCUACAGCCGUGGGUAUCACCGUAUCAGGAACAAACUUCGUCUUCUCGAUCGUCAACCUGGUCCUUGUCGACAAAUUCGGUCGGAGGAAGAUUCUCAUGGUCACCAUUCUUGGGAUGUCAUGCUGCAUGAUUGUCACCCUCGUGGCUUUCCUACAUAUCCCCAUCAAUCUCGAGACAUUAGAGGUCGAAUCUUCUACAGUUGGCUGGCCUGCGGCCCUAGUACUAGUCUCUAUUAUCCUCUACGUCGCCUUUUAUUCGUCCGGCGUUGCCACAAUUUCAUGGAUUGGCACUGAACUUAUCCCAUUAGAGGUUCGAGCUGUGGGAACUAUGUUGAACACUGUUACCUGCUGGGGUUGCAACAUCAUCAUUUCCUCUACGUAUCUCUCUAUGAUGAAGGGCUUGACACCAAGUGGGACUUUCGGCUUCUAUGGCGCAAUCUGCUUCCUCGGAUGGUUGUUUGUUGCGUUUUUCUUCCCUGAAUGUAAGGGUAUGCCUUUGGAAGCUAUUCGGGACGUGUUUGCAAAAGGAUUUGGAGUUGGGUAUUCGAAGAAAUGGCAGAAGGAACACAAAGAUCAUAAGGUGGAGACUACUAUCGUCAUUGGACAUUGA